AUGCCUACCAAUAAACCCAUGCCUACCAAUAAACCCAAACCCAUGCCUACCAAUAAACCCAUGCCUACCAAUAAGAUCAUGCCUACCAAUAAACCAAUGCCUACCAAUAAACCAAUGCCUACCAAUAAACCCAGGCCUACCAAUAAGAUCAUGCCUACCAAUAAACCCAUGCCUACCAAUAAGCCCAUCCCUGCCAAUAAACCCAUGCCUACCAAUAAACCCAUGCCCGCAAAUAAACCCAUGCCAAUCAAUAAACCAAUGCCUACCAAUAAGAUCAUGCCUACCAAUAAACCCAUGCCUAACAAUAAACCAAUGCCUACCAAUAAACCAAUGCCUACCAAUAAACCCAGGCCUACCAAUAAGAUCAUGCCUACCAAUAAACCAAUGCCUACCAAUAAACCCAGGCCUACCAAUAAGAUCAUGCCUACCAAUAAACCCAUGCCUAACAAUAAACCAAUGCCUACCAAUAAACCAAUGCCUACCAUAAAACCCAUGCCUACCAAUAAACCUAUGCCUACCAAUAAACCCAUGCCUACCAAUAAACCCAUGCCCACAAAUAAACCCAUGCCAAUCAAUAAACCAAUGCCUACCAAUAAGAUCAUGCCAACCAAUAAACCCAUGCCUACCAAUAAACCCAUGCCUACAAAAAAAACAAUGCCUACCAAUAAACCCAUGCCUACCAAUAAGAUCAUGCCUACCAAUAAACCCAUGCCUACAAAAAAAACAAUGCUUACCAAUAAACCCAUGCCUACCAAUAAGCUCAUGCCUACCAAUAAACCAAUGCCUAUCAAUAAACCCAUGCCUACCAAUAAGAUCAUGCCAACCAAUAAACCCAUGCCUACCAAUAAACCCUUGCCUACCAAUAAGAUCGUGCCUAUCAUAAAACCCAUGCCUACCAAUAAACCCAUGUCUACCAAUAAGAUCAUGCCUACCAAUAAACCAAUGCCUACCAAUAAACCUACCAAUAAACCAAUGCCUACCAAUAAACCAAUGCCUACCAAAAAACCCAUGCCUACCAAUAAACCCAUGCCUACCAAUUAUAGAUCAUGCCUACCAUAA